AUGUCCUAUGCAGGAGCUUCCUGGCGAAGCCAAAUUCGCCUCUACAAUGUUCUCCAGGACACCACCAUUCCAGAAGCCAAGAGGAAAUAUAUCCCAUCAUCUGGAACAUAUCCUAAGGGAUUCCGUGUGUCUGGCACCAAUGUUGGAGUAAAACCUUCAAAUACGAAAUUUCCAGACCUGGCUUUGAUAUCAUCUGACGAGCCAUGCAAUGCCGCAGCAGUGUUCACCACGAAUAAAUUCCAGGCCGCACCCGUACAGGUCAGCAAGGCUAUGCUUACUAAAAGACAAGGAAAAGACGUGCAGUCAGUUGUCAUUAAUUCUGGAUGUGCCAAUGCGGUUACUGGAAAGGGUGGGCUUGAGGAUGCGCGCAACAUGGGGGGAAAGGUCGAUGAGUGUACUGGACGUACUGAGCCAAGCACCAUUGUCAUGAGCACCGGCGUUAUUGGGCAGAGACUUCCUAUCACCAAAAUUCUCAACAAGAUUCCAACCGCCCACUCAAACCUCGCCAACACACACACCGACUGGCUAACAACUGCUCGUGCCAUCUGCACAACCGACACAUUUCCCAAGCUUAUUUCCCAGACAUUCACACUUCCAUCCUCUCCAGGAAUCACCUACAGCCUUGCUGGUAUGACAAAAGGUGCCGGAAUGAUCCAUCCCAAUAUGGCUACCCUCCUCGGCGUUCUAUGCACCGACGCACCCAUCGACGCCGCAGCAAUGAAGGGCCUCUUGCUCCAUGCAGUCUCUCGCUCAUUCAAUUCCAUCUCGAUAGACGGCGACACGAGCACCAACGACACAGUUGCUUUGCUCGCCAACGGCGCAGCUGGCGGUAACCCCGUACCUGCAUCACCCUCCUCACCUGAUUAUAUCGCCAUCCAAAAUGUUCUCACAUCCUUCGCUCAAUCACUUUCUCAACUCGUCGUUCGCGACGGUGAGGGCGCAACCAAGUUCGUCACUGUCCGCGUCCAAAACUCACCUUGCUACAACUCCGCCCGUCGGAUUGCCUCCACAAUCGCCCGAUCUCCGCUCGUCAAGACAGCUUUGUAUGGGCGUGACGCCAACUGGGGUCGUAUCCUAUGCGCUAUCGGAUACACGGAAGGCGUUACUGAGGGAACUGUUGUCCCCGAGCGAACUAGCGUUAGCUUCAAACCUGUAGACAAUUCGCCCAUUUUGAAAUUACUCGUAAACGGCGAACCUGAGGCCGUUGAUGAAGAGCGCGCUAGCGCAAUUCUGCAGAACGAGGAUCUGGAAAUUGUUGUCGACCUCGGGGGUGGUGAGAAGAGUGAACUUGGUGGGGAAGAAGCUGUGUAUUGGUUCUGUGAUUUCAGCCAUGAGUAUGUCACUAUUAACGGUGACUAUCGGACGUAA